AUGCUAUUGCUUUUGUAAAUAACACCGUUAAAAAAACUAAAUCUAUCUCUGAUCUUUUUGUUGAUGCAGCUUAUAUGUACAAUACUGCUGUUGAUGCUUUACCAAUUUGUGGAUUCAACUAUACUCUCCCUAAGAUUAACGACAUUGAAGACAAGAAAUACUGCGUAAAUAAUUUAAGCAAAAUAGUCAAAAGUGUAAACUAAACAAUUCAAGACAUUCAAUCUAAGAACUUUACUAACAUCGUUAGUGAAUUAAAAGAAAUCUUUUCUAAUUCCGUAGAAAUCUAUAAAAAGUGCAAAAUUAACAAAAAACCAAUUCUUGCUGCUUACAAUUCUUGCUUUAGCAACACUCAAUAACUUUCUGAGAAUUUGA